AUGACGCUUGUGCUGGAGCGGAUGUACGAUAUGUACCGGGAGUACAUGGUGGAACGCCGGGAUAUGCGCAGCGUGAAUCUGCCACUGGCCGGCAGUCCGUGGCCGCUGAUGCUGCUGCUCGGGGCGUACCUGUACGUGGUGCUGCACGCUGGGCCACGGUUUAUGGCCCAGAGAAAGGCGUUCGAUCUGCGGAAGAUUAUCCGCGCGUACAACGUGGUGCAAGUGGUGAUUAACAGUGUCAUCUUUCUGUGGAUUGUCAUUAAGAUAUUUGUCGUGUACCGGGACUACAACUUCUCCUGCCAGGUAUGCAACUACACCAGUGACUUCCGCGGGCUCGAGGAGAUGUAUCUCAGCUACAGCUACUUCCUGCUGAAGGUGCUCGACCUAGCCGACACCGUGUUCUUCGUGCUGCGCAAGAAGCAAUCGCACGUGUCCUUUCUGCACGUGUACCACCACACGGCCAUGGUGGUGGGGUCGUACUGUGGCAUGCUGUACGUACCCGGCGGGCACGCGAUCAUGCUCGGCAUCUGGAACACGCUCGUGCACGCCGUCAUGUACCUGUACUACUUCCUGUCAUCGUACGGCUCAAAGUAUAGCGCCCGGUGGAAGCAGAACCUAACCCGCAUGCAGCUGCUCCAGUUCAUUCACCUCGCGUUCCACUUCGGCAUACCGCUGUUCUUUAAUCGCGAAUGCAAGUUUCCGCGCUUCUGGAUGGGGGUCGGGUUCCUGCAGGCGCUCUUCAUCCUCGCCCUCUUUAUGGACUUUUACAUUAAGUCGUACAUCAUGAAGAGGAAAAAGCAGUAA